AUGGCCAUGAACUUCGCCCCGUAUCAAUACUCGCCGCCAGAGUCCAUUCGUGCCAAAUCUCCACCACCACUCCGCUCUCCGCCAGUCUCACCGCGUCCCCGACCCGCGAAUCCAGCGCGGAAUAUCUCGGCAAUCACAUCAUCAGACACGACCGAUCCCUGGGCCGCAGCACGAAAUCAACGCCUUCCCUCACCUUCAAGAUAUGCCGACGAUGAGGAGCAAGGUUAUGAAGAUUUGGAAGCGAGACCGCUGAACAACGACCGGUACAACGACUACAUUAUCCCACAGUCCAACUACCAAACACGGGAUCUACAUGGGGAUGCAGAUAUGUUCACAACCAGCUUGGGACUUCCUCUACAUGUUGAGGCACCACUGGCGUAUCUUCUACUCCCUCCGGCUGCUGGAGUGGUGCUUUUGCUGUUUGAGCAUAAAUCGGAUUAUGUGCGCUUUCACGCCUGGCAAUCUGCGUUGCUCUUUGGGUUCAUGUUCUUCGUACAUAUUAUAUUCAGCUGGUCCCGUUGGCUGAGCUGGAUCCUGUUCAUGGCUGAUUUGGGGAUGAUGGGAUACUUGGCAUAUGGAGCGUGGAGGGAAGGCAGUACGUUGGAACGAUGGGAAGUUCCUAUUCUGGGGAGACUGGCAGGCGGAUUUGUCGAUGAUGAGUAG